GCUGGAUGUUUUCCUAGCUGAGCUCGCGUUUGAAGAUUGGCUGUAACCAAACAAGGGAUUUGAAGUGCUUUGGCCAGUAUCUUUCAACAUUAAAGUUUAGAUCAACGAGGAGAGUAGGGUGUUCUUGAUGAGUUGCAUAAUGGCAGAAGCUACUGUCUCUCCACUCAAACACUUUGUGCUGGCUAAAAAGACCAUUACUGCUAUCUUUGACCAGCUGCUGGACUAUGUCACUGAAGGAGCAACUUUUGUUGAAGCAACAUACAGGAACCCGGAGCUUGAACACAUAGCAACAGAAGAUGAACUAUCAAAAAUACAGGCAUAUAAGAAUAAGUUAGCAGUCAUUGGUGAGGUGCUUUCACGGAGACACAUGAAAGUGGCAUUUUUUGGCAGAACGAGCAGUGGAAAAAGUUCAGUCAUUAAUGCAAUGCUAUGGGAUAAGGUACUUCCUAGUGGGAUUGGCCAUACGACUAACUGCUUUCUCAGUGUGGAAGGAACAGAUGGAGAUAAAGCUUAUCUUAUGACAGAAGGAUCAGAUGAAAAGAAGAGUGUCAAGACUGUCAACCAGCUUGCCCAUGCACUUCACAUGGAUAAAGAUUUGAAAGCUGGCUGUCUUGUGCAUGUCUUUUGGCCCAAGUCAAAGUGUGCCCUCCUGAGAGAUGACUUGGUUUUAGUGGACAGCCCUGGCACAGAUGUCACUACAGAGUUAGACAGCUGGAUUGACAAAUUCUGCUUAGAUGCUGAUGUGUUUGUCUUGGUUGCCAAUUCAGAAUCAACCCUCAUGAACACGGAGAAGCAUUUUUUCCAUAAAGUGAAUGAACGACUUUCCAAGCCAAACAUCUUCAUCUUGAAUAAUAGAUGGGAUGCUUCUGCAUCAGAACCAGAAUAUAUGGAGGAUGUGCGUAGGCAGCACAUGGAGCGCUGCCUCACUUUUCUAGUUGAUGAGCUCAAAGUUAUUGAUCCUGUAGAAGCGAGGAAUCGCAUCUUUUUUGUCUCAGCAAAAGAAGUUCUGAGUGCCAGGAGACAGAAGGCCCAAGGAAUGCCAGAGGGUGGAGAAGCACUUGCUGAAGGAUUUCAAACGAGGUUCCAGGAAUUUCAAAAUUUUGAGCAGAUAUUUGAGGAGUGUAUCUCGCAGUCAGCCGUGAAAACCAAGUUUGAACAGCACACUAUCAGAGCUAAACAGAUAAUAGAUACUGUGAAAAACAUUAUGGACGCCAUAAACGUAGCAGCAGCAGAGAAAAGAGUCCAUUCAAUGGAAGAGCGAGAAGAUCAGAAGGAUAGGCUAGACUUUGUUCGAAAUCAGUUAAACAUUUUGACAGAAGAUACUAAGGAAAAAAUAAAACGUGUCACUGAGGAGGUAGAAAAUAAAGUCUCCUCUGCCAUGACUGAUGAGAUUUGCCGGCUUUCGGUUUUGGUUGAUGAAUUUUAUUCAGAUUUUCACCCUUCUCCGCAAGUGCUGAAGCUCUACAAGACAGAACUCAACAAACAUAUAGAAGACGGUUUGGGAAAAAACUUGGCUGAUCGUUGCUCCAGUGAAGUCAAUCAGUCAAUGCAUCAGUCGCAGCAGGAGAUAAUUGAAAAUCUGAAACCAUUGUUGCCUUCUGGUGCUCAGAAUCAGCUCCACUUGCUAAUUCCAUGCAGGAGGUUUGACCUUAGCUAUGAUCUAAAUUGUCAUAGUUUGUGUGCGGAUUUUCAAGAGGAUAUCAUGUUCCACUUUUCCUUGGGAUGGACUUCGCUUGUAAACCGUUUCUUGGGUCCUAAGCAUGCUCAGAGAGUACUGUUAGGACUAGCAGAUCCAAACUUACAAAUCCCUCGUCCUUUACCUACAACCCCGUCUGCUGCCAGCCUUCCUGCCGUAACUCCAGAGAACGUAUCAGACGAUGAAUUUAUGGUUUCUUUGGUAACGAGUUUAGCUUCACUCACAUCACGGACCUCUAUGAGCAUCAUCAUUGUUGGCGGAGUGGCAAGUAGUAUUUGGAGAACAGUAGGCUGGAAGCUCAUCUCUCUUUCCUUAAGUAUGUAUGGGUUGUUAUAUCUGUAUGAGAGACUAACUUGGACCACUAAAGCAAAAGAGAGAGCCUUUAAACAGCAGUUCGUAAACUAUGCUACUGAAAAGCUGCAGAUGAUCGUCAGUUUUACGAGUGCAAAUUGUAGCCAUCAGGUGCAACAGGAAAUGGCCACUACCUUUGCUCGGCUCUGCCAGCAGGUGGACAUCACCCAGAAAAACCUGGAAGGAGAAAUUGCUAGGCUUUCCAAAGAAAUAGAUCAGUUGGAGAACAUACAGAGCAACUCCAAGCAGCUACGAAACAAAGCCAUUCACCUUGAGAAUGAACUAGAUCGCUUUACAAAACACUUUCUUCAAAAGAGUAAAUAAACCCUCACUGCUGACUUUCCUGAUGAUCCUUUGUAGGACAAAGUAGAAAUUUUACAGAUGAUACUUCUCCUCUGUGGAGUCACAUGAAUUAUAUUUUUAAUGUUACUUUGAUUAUAUUUGUUAAUUAUUGUAAAACUUGGGUUGCACUUUGACAGCAAGCCAAAUUGAAGAGCUGUGGUACCCAGAAUGUUAUAUUCAUUUUGUUAGUUUGAAAAUUUUGAUUUAAAAAGUAUAUUUAAACACUAAAUUUCUUUGGAUGCUUAACAAUAAAAACCCAAAUCCAUAUUGGUUUGUUUUAGUAUUUAGCAGUGGCAAGCCUCGCUUCCUGGCAUCCAGGAGUUUAUGCAAGGAGGGAGAGCUUAUCACAAUUUCUCUGGUUUUCAAUUGACAAGAGCCAGUGGUGCAGAAUGCUGCUUUUUUUCUUUUUCUUUCUCUUUUUUUUUUUUAACGACGACAGAAAGGACUCUUGAUUGUUUUGAAAGCAAGUGAAAUUUUGUUGGGCAGCAGGUCCUCUCAUCUUUGUAUAGAAGUGAAAGAUAGUAAACUGUAGAGCAGUCACUAAUGAAAUGCAGUAGGUGCUACUACACUCUGGCUACUUGUUUAGACAAUGUGGCAUUGCUUAAAAAGUCAAAAUGAACUUAAUACUUAAGUAUCGCAACAGUCGCAGGGAAAGCCAAAAAGCUUGUUAAGUGGUGAAAUGGUCAUUCAGCCCAUGAGGACACCACUGCUACCUGUGGUCAGGCAUGUGGUUACUAAACUAGCAUGAAGGCAAAGGAGAAUUUUUUUUUUGAAUAGAUAUUCUUGGCACUUGAUUUUUGCAUGUUGGGUGAGGAAGCUUAAGGUGUCAAACUGGAGCUUGAGCUCCUGCUACUGUUUUCAAAAAACUAGUAGAGGCUGUGUUUCAGAGAGUGUGCUCAUGCAACGUCCUGCACAGGUCCAUGGUUCUGUUGGAGAACAGGUCUCUUCCAGCUGGGAUUUAAGACAGGUACAGUUGACUAUUUUACCUUUGCUCAGCUCCAGCAGGUUAAAACCUUUUUUUUUCAUUUAAAAAAAAAAAUUUUUUUUUUUUUUUGCUGCUGAUACCUGUACUCUCUUACACCUAGAUUUUUAUAAGCAGACUUUGUAAAAAAAAUAACUUAUUUUGAAGGAGAAAGUCUUUUCAGAAUAUUUAUAUAUUUUUAUGGACAUGUUUAACAUGACUAAAUAAAGUAUUCGAACUUAAACCUAAAAGGUAGGGAGUUGCUAUUUUCCAGUAAAUAAGGGCUAUCAUAAAAGGAAAUAGGAACUAUUUGAAGACAGAGAACAUGAUUUUGACUGUAACAUAUUUCAAUGUUUGUUUUUAUUUGACUGUGCUAGCAGAAGCAUGGCUCUUUCAAAAUUUUCAAUAGCAGUAUGCAUGAGGCAGCUCAGAUGUUCUGAGAAAAAUUAUGAAUUAUGAAAAUGAGUAACCACCCAGCUUUCUUGUGUAUGAAGUUAUAGAUGUGUGCUGAUGCUCAUUUCUGAAGCAUUUUUAUGGACAUGUCUCAAGCUGAACCUUUACAUGCAUGUGUUCUACAGUUAUUUAUUAAAAAAAAUGCAAUCCCUGUGCUCUAGUAAAGUUAUUUGCCAGCUGUAUAGAAGAUGAACACUUAAAACAUUUCUAUUGUAUGUAUGUCAUGUCCAGCCAUUACAGAAUGUUAAACUUCUAACCUCACAGGUUAAAGUUUUCUUCCUGUAGCAGACAACCUGUGUACUUCACCUAGCAAUAUGCAUCAGUUAGUUAGAUGCUUUGUUUUUGAAGAAAAUCAUUAAUGCUAAACAUUUGACAAAAGGAAGGAAGGUUGCUCUGAAUGAAUGAAUGAAGUAGAAUCAAGUUGGGGAUUUUUUUUGUUGAGUUGGUUUUUUUCAGUCCAGGGUAAGUAAUGGCUAAUUUCUGGGGGGUUUUUUGCUAUAAUAUUAACAUGCUUCUGAAUUUAUUCAGCCCCAGUUUCUCAGGGAGAAAGUGUGUAAAACCACAUGGUUUUAUAUAAAAAAAUUGGUGUUAAUAGUUGUUCAAAAGGGCUUUCAUAGUAUUUUCUGUUUAACAUGCAUAUAAAAGAAGUUCAGUUCAUUGUGACAAGAUAACCAAAAGCAAGAAUUAAUUAUUACAGUUACUGCAGAUUUACACUCGGAGCCAUGGAAAGAAUGUUCAUCUUCAGAAUAGGCAGAGUUGCAAUCAUGGCUUUAAUAAAGCUUUCACAUGUGACACAGAAUCUGGUUAAAAGCACUUGUUUAUUGGUUACAAUAUCAACUCAUGGCAACAUCUUUCACUGAGCCACUGUACAAAUACAAAGAAAAGAUCCAUCGUGGAAAAAAAAAAAAAGCUAUAAACAGAGUUCAUAGCAAAUGAUUUUUUUUUCACAGGGAAGUCUUUUUACAACAGCACUGUUAAAGAACAAAUGGCACAAGUCCCUGGUUUUUUUAAUAGCUUAAAUAAAAGCUUUAAGACUGUUUCUGAAUACAUACACAAUCCAAAGGCAGUGCAGAAUCACUUCAUAAUUGAUAACAUUACUGAAGUUUUCCAAAGUAGUCAGCAACAAGUAAAAAAAAGAAAAAAAAUAUGAUGAGAAAUGCUGGAAAGUAAAGGCAAAGUAAAAUCAAGCAUGUUUAGAAGCAUUUUGUUUUGGACUCCUUUGGAUGUAAUAUGUACUGCAAGUGUUCAGAUGCUUUUAUUUAAAAAAAAAAAAAAAGGAGAAAAA